UGUGCAUCCCCGCAUUUGAUAAGGCCGUUUAUAAAGGUAUCACCUAGCUUUGUACCUCAACAACACCCCUCUUGUCGCAAGCUUUUGUCUUGUCAAUUGGCAAAUACACGUCAUGUACGGCGGUCGAUCACAUAAACGUCUGCACCAAGCGUGCGAGAACUGUCGGAGGAAGAAAACUCGGUGUCCGGGCGAGAGACCGGCUUGCUCGAGCUGUACUCGCCUUUCAAAAACGUGCACAUACCCAGAGAUUCGAGGAAACCCUCUGGCCUCAGGUUCUCAAAAUGGGAGCAGUUCAACAGACACAGUAUGCUUGCUAGGAAUCGUCCGGGCAUAAUUAAGUCAUGUUACUCACGACGGGUGCUGUUUAGGAGAGACGGCUGGCCCAGCUCGAAGCAAAAAUUCGUCUGAUGGAAAGGCAAGAGCCGAAUAGUGACAUGGACUCUUUUGCCACAAGAAUAUCAGCGAACUCAGGCCAAUCCCAGGACUGGCAGCUACCGCUGUCACCCAGCAUUGACAUGGAUAGCUCACCAACGGUCAGGAAAGUUAGGAUAAAUUGGUCCACUGAAUCAUCUUGUUGGUUAACUAGUCGGAACAGCCUAUUGCCACCGAGGGAUGUUCUGGAAGAUGUCGUCGAUGCGUAUUUCCAAUAUUGUCACAAGCAGCCCUUAUGGCUAUUCAAUCGGGAAGACUUUUCCUCGAUCCAGGAUUGUAGUGAGGAGACACUCUUGACCCUACUGGCCCUUGCUUCGUGCCAUUCGAAGCAUCCUUUCUUUGAAGGUCGCCUGCACGAAUUGAGUCAAACCUAUGCACAGGCUGCGAGAGAGGGAAUCAUGCAACAGGUGGGCGAGGGCAAGGUCUCAAUAACGACAAUUCAGAACCUCUGCAUACUGACACUGGCCAAUAUACAAGCCAACAUAACGACCCUGGCAUAUCUGCACGUGGGCAUAGCAGUGACAGUCGCGAAAUGUUCAAAUCUCGAUGUCGAGACCUGCGCCCUUGCCGACUUUGGCUCGCGCGCAGAAACGCGGAGAAGAGUGUUCUGGAGCCUACACUUACUACAGCAGAUGUACGGGCAUCAAUCCUUCACCACGGACAUCUUACAAGAUAUUACCAGACCGCAAUACAUUGCGACGCAUGCAGAUCCCCGGAAGAGCUUCAAUGAGAUGCCCCCAGCCAUUCCACGCGAAGAGAUAUCAGGCCAAGACGAAACAACGAGUGCUGAUAAGAAGAGCGGGACAUGGGCCUACAUGAUCCAGACGUCUACACUGUGGGGAGAGGUCCGCACAUACGUAAAGCAAUGGGCUCAGCAGACCAACAACGCACCGCCUCCUUGGUCCAUCGAGUCUGGAUACGCCGUCAUCAACGCCUAUCUCAUGGACUCAGAGACGAAAUUCCCAGACCGCCACCGAUUUGAUAGCGCGCGAUUUACCGACCAAGAAAGCCGACACCUUCAGAGCAAUCGAGGAUAUUGGAGUCCAUGGGUAUACCAGCAAUUCGCACAUCACACCAUACAUAAUAUGCUAAACCAUCCCUUUCUGUAUUCGUCGCGGCCGCAACAGUCGGCUCAAUUAGGAGUCCCCAACACAUUCUGGAAAACAUCCUCAGAACUUGCUUUUAUCCACAGCACAUGGGUUGCACGCCUCAUCGAGAUGGUCGUCCAUAAAGAAUAUCGCGUCUCGGAUCCAUUUAUUGGUCAUUGUGCGGCGAUCGCGGCGACCAUUCAUAUCUACUUUUGUCGGGCGGCUGACAAAACUACCAGGGAGGCGGCGCUGGAUAGACUGACGAAAUGUGUCGCAUUUUUGGCUGAACUGGCUUUGCUUUGGCCUUCAUGUAGAUGGUUGCACGAAAGACUUCAGUCUUUGAUCCGGGCGGCUUUCGAAAUAGAUCAUGAGCAAGAAAAGGACCAAGACGUCCCACCACCGAGGACCAUUUCGAUCAACACGCGUUUAAUGUGGGAUAUACUUCUUUACAACUCUGGCGCUUACAGGGGCACGACGAGUUCUCCCCAGACAAGAAGUCUUUUCGAUGGCAGCUCUCUUUUUCCAGAGGACAACACAGAUGAUGGAGAAGACAUCGUUGAGAUAGAUAAUUUCCACAGCCCAACUGUUGAAGUGAGUCUGGGGAAUGGACAGGCAUUGCCGCCACAGUCGGGAAGGCGAAGAACGAGAUCUGGUCAGGGAACCCAGGAGGCCCAAGCAAAUCUUCUAGCUCAAUCUUCUUCUAUCCCAGAAGCUUCCGGAGGUUCCACGGAACAUACGCCCCUCGCUUCUUGGCCCAUGUCUUUAGAUAUGGCGUAUGAUCCGUUCUUUCAAUUCCAAGAUUCAGGUGGUCCGUUUUUUGGAACAUGGGAAGUAGGAAAUCUGUAAUUUUUGUACGCUAUAGUAUUUGGAUUAGAGCUAGCCUGAGCCCAUUGCUGUAACAGGAGGCAAGAUUAUAAUUAACCGGAGUUCAAUUCUUUACCAG